AUGGAAGAAAACGAUUCUAUUCAUGGGGAAUCUGAAAACGUCCUGGAUGCUAAUUUGGCAUCUACACAUUCAGAGAACAACGAUACGAACGGAUCGGUUGAGCAACCUCCAGAGGCAUCGGAUGCUAGUCUAGACGAGGGUAAUGUUACAGAAAUCAACGAGGAACUCAUUAUUAAUAAAACGGAGGAACAUAUAUCCAUAAAUAACGAAAGUAGAGAAGAAAAUUGCGCUCACAAGGAACAAAGUUUAAAUAUCAGCACCAAAAGAAGUCACACUGUCCUAAUACCGGACGGUUUUAUAGAAAAAAAGGAUUUAACAUACAAUAUUCGCCCAGCAGGGUUAUCCUCAGAAAGGUGUACCCGAGAUUUCUCGGCCCUCAAGAAUAGAAAGUUCUACUCGCCCAUCGCACACAUGGAUGAAACAAAGUAUGCAACCGAGUAUUCAGACUCAUUUGGAAGUGAAAAUAGACAUAAUAUAAAAAGGAAUCAUAAUCUAUUGGUAAAUGGCCAGAAAUCUCCAAAUACAUCAAAUUUCAUGGAAGCCAUCUACAGAGACAAUUGCAAGAUGAGAAAUGAAAAUAGAAUGAAAAAUCAAACACAUUCUUAUAUAUUCGACGACGUACCAAAGGUCAAGCGGAAUCGUAUCAUGUAUCAGCGUAUGGAUUCCAUUGAUACAACUAGUACAUAUGCGGAUGCAACGGCAUCCAUGCUCUCCAUAAGAACAUGUUCUGACAGCUGUCAACCAACUGAUACAACCGAUUCCAUACAAACACGGUUAGAUUCACAAGAUUCUUUACAUGAAUUUACCCACUCUUUUCAAAAUGAAGAUGCGCAUUUUUACCAUUUGGAUACCGCACGUGAUCAUUCCAGUAUAAACGGUGAUUCAAGUAGACUGAUGGCUGAUUUAGCAUAUAAAAAUGUGGAAUUAUUGACUAAAUCUGGGUCCCCUGUACACAUUGAAAGGGAUGUAAACAUGAAUUUGUCUGGUCUAAAAAAGGAGACCACAGAACGGGAUUUAGAGAGGUUAGCUCGCCUGUGCGAUAUACAUGUAGUUUCAACAAAUUUGGAUAUUAAUAUUAUCACGCACUGCUGCACUGGUACUGGAAAGAUUAUAAUCCGACGACCUGAAAAAGAUGCACUUGCAAGGCUAGUUAGUCUAUUAAACAAGAGAGGUUUUAGAGUAAAGAUGUAG